AGAGACUCUGUAAGUACUUGUCGUUCUCUUUCUUACCCUUUUUUCCUCUCUUCUUUAGCUCCUACACUCAUUAGCUAUACUUUUUAUGUUGAAAUCAUUAUGUAUUUUGUUGGGAUUAACCAUAAGAAGUCACUUAUGUAGAUAUUUUACUUGUUUAGAUUACAAUAUUGUUGAAAGAUCAAAUUUUUACUUUUCUUGAAAAUGUUGCAUCUGUUUUUUAGUGCAGCAGCUGGAUCCUUGAUGUUUUUUUCUUGGGUGAAUCUUGAAAUAACCAUGAUUGUGUUGUAGCCUACCUAGUUUUAAUAUAGCUUGUUUGAGUUCAAAUUGGCCUUGUGAUUUGUAAAGGGUUUGUCUUUUUGAUGAUUUUAAGGUCAUAAAAGUACAAGGUCAACAGCUGAGGAAACUAGAGUUGAGGCAGAGUGAUUAGCUUAGUUUGUAAUUUCAUAUUGUUCUUGGGCAAAAGACCCAAAAGUUACACACUGAGCCACUCACUGUUAGCUAAAAUAUCAUCCAUACUAGUGGGGUUACACCGGAAGGUAGGAUGCAUACAUCCUACUCCGACAUCACUUAUGGGAUUACACGGGGUUUGAUUUUGGUUUUCUUGUUGGCUAACAACAAAUAUGGAAUUGGAUCUGGAUCGUGGGCAAGUCACACUGAUAGUAUCCAGUAUAUGUCUUAUGCUGACUUUACAUUUCAGCAUACAGCUAGUGACAGAACAUUUUACGUCAUGGAAGAAGCCUAAAGAGCAAAAGGCCAUAAUUAUUAUCGUCCUCAUGGCACCUUUGUACGCUAUUGUCUCCUUCAUUGGGUUGGUCGAUUUCAUGGGAAGCAAACCCUUUUUCACUUUCUUGGAAUCUGUCAAAGAAUGUUAUGAAGCAAUUGUGAUGGCUAAGUUCCUGGGGUUGAUGUACACUUACUUGAAUAUAUCCAUAAGCAAAAACAUAGUCCCUGAUGAAAUUAAGGGAAGACAGAUUCACCACUCAUUCCCAAUGACACUCUUCCAGCCUCACACUGCUCAUUUGAACCAUCAUACAUUGAAGCUUCUCAAGAACUGGACAUGGCAGUUUGUUGUGAUUCGCCCUGUAUGCUCUAUUUUAAUGAUUGUUUUACAAAUGUUUGGAGUGUACCCUAGUUGGGUUAGCUGGACCUUUACCAUCAUUUUAAACAUAUCCGUUUCACUGGCGUUGUACUCUCUUGUGGUUUUCUACCACGUGUUUGCGAAGGAGUUGGCGCCUCACAAGCCACUAGCCAAGUUCCUGUGUGUCAAAGGAAUUGUCUUUUUCGUCUUCUGGCAGGGCAUUCUGCUUAGUAUUCUGGUAUCACUAGGCAUAAUAAAAUCUCACUAUUUCUGGCUUGAGGUGGAGCGCCUUCAGGAAGGUAUGCAGAAUGAACUAGUGAUCCUGGAGAUGGUUUUCUUCGCUAUCCUUAUGCGUCAUGCAUACAGUGCAGCGCCAUAUCGCGCAGAAGCUGUUACAACUACUUCAGAAGAUGCUACUUCUGGAGAUAAAAAGAAUGAGUGAUUAUGCAACAUGUAUUGUUGUAAAAAAAUUAUCUCAGACAUCACUCACUUCCUCAUAUUGCUUGUAUGUUAUACUGGAUUUGCUUGUUGAUGUUAUAAUAGAUUCCUACUACAGAUCAACUAGAACAUUUUGUGAGUGUCAAUUAGCACUGAAUCCCUUUCAUUCUGAGGCAAUGAAUACUUCAUUUGAAAUAAAACAGAGAAGCAUAUGAGUAGUUGGUUCUU